AUUGAGCGCGAGGGAGAACGGCGGGCCAGUCAGUCAGCUAUCCAGACCAACGGCGUCGUCUCUCGGAGCGCCGAUCGAGGAGAGCGACACCCACGAGGCGGCCGCCGCGAGCAUUCGCACCGAUCCUCGGCUCCGAAUGCUCCGAUCGCCAUGACUCGUCCCGUGCGGGUUCCGCAGCCGGUACCCGGUGUUCUGUGAUGAAGGGUGCCCUCGCGGCGCGGUGAGGGGACCUCCACCUGCGACUCCUCUACCUGCCGGGUGUGCCUUCUGUGGGAAAUCUCGCGUAGCUGCUACCGCGACUUGGGCAGCGACGUCGUCGUCGUCGUCGUCGUCAUCGUCGUCGACGACGGGCCGAAGAGGAGACCCCUUCAACGAGAAGGUAUCCGCGGUGCCGGAAAGUGAAAGUCGCGAGGGAAACGAGGCACGAUUGCAUACGAGUAUAUAUAUAUAGACGUGCACACGCGUUAACGAAAACGCGGGUUCGAUUAAAGGCAUAGAGACGCAGCAACGGAGGAUAGACUGGCAACAAAGGACCAGAAGCGGAUACAACAUGUCAGAUGAGGAAGACAAACCCCCCGCACCCCCUGUUCGAUUGACGUCUAACAGGGGGGAAUCAACGCCUAAUCUACCGGUGGACAUGCGUCCACUGCCUAAGGAGCCCGAUUCCGAUGAGCGCAAGAAGAAGACUCUGAAGAGCAAGAUGAAGGUGAAGGAGAACAAGGACAAGCCCAACAUCAGCUAUCCCACGAACUUCGAGCACACCGUGCACGUCGGUUUCGAUGCUGUGACCGGUGAAUUCACGGGUAUGCCGGAGGCGUGGGCGAGAUUACUUAUGUCCAGCAAUAUUAGCAAGCAGGAGCAGAAGAAGAACCCGCAAGCCGUACUGGACGUGCUGAAUUGGUACGAUAAUAGCAGUAAGGAAGCAAAAGGCUCUAAGUACAUGACCACAACUAAAAUGGUUGGAGUUGUUGCUCCGAUCGAGAGGGCGAGUAGUCCGCGAAGCAUGGGAAUGAGUAUCAGCACGGGUAUGGGAAACAUUCGCGGCCAGGCGAUGUCGCAGGCAUCCGGCAGCUCUCACUCCCAGCAUUCGUUAAGCAGGGUGAGCAGCAGUAGCCCGAGCAGCACGCCGACGGACGCGUGUGCGACCAGCUCGGAGCAGGAGGACGAGCCGCCGCCUCCGCCGAUCUCCGCCCGACCGGAACGCACGAAAUCGAUCUACACAAAGCCCAUAGAAGAGGAACCACCGCCACCCCUGACGACCACGCUGGGCUCGCCACAACGAAAUGGCAUGCAGCAGCAGCAGCAGCAGCAGCAACAGCACCAGUCGCAAUUGGAUAGAAAUAAGAAUCAAGCAACGCCGACGUCAACAACGACCGAUCAGACGCGACCGGCGCAGGGUGAUAAGGCCAGAAAGAAGAAGAUGUCGGACGACGAGAUAUUGGAGAAGCUUAGAACGAUCGUGAGCGUGGGAGAUCCUAAUAGGAAAUACACGAAGAUGGAAAAGAUAGGACAAGGUGCCUCGGGGACGGUGUACACGGCAAUAGAAACGUCCACUGGCAUGGAGGUUGCAAUAAAACAAAUGAAUCUGUCGCAGCAGCCAAAGAAAGAGCUUAUAAUAAACGAGAUCCUGGUGAUGCGGGAGAACAAGCAUCCGAACGUUGUAAAUUACUUGGACAGUUAUUUAGUCGGCGAGGAACUGUGGGUGGUCAUGGAGUAUUUGCCAGGUGGCAGUUUAACGGACGUCGUGACUGAGACUUGCAUGGACGAGGGUCAGAUUGCCGCGGUGUGUAGGGAAGUGCUGCAGGCGCUCGAGUUCCUUCACUGCAAUCAGGUUAUACAUAGGGACAUCAAGUCCGACAAUAUUCUGUUGGGUCUCGACGGCGGGGUGAAGUUGACGGACUUUGGCUUUUGCGCGCAAAUCUCGCCGGAGCAGAGCAAACGGACGACGAUGGUCGGCACGCCGUACUGGAUGGCGCCGGAAGUGGUAACGCGAAAGCAAUACGGACCUAAGGUUGACAUAUGGUCGUUGGGAAUAAUGGCAAUCGAGAUGAUCGAAGGGGAGCCGCCGUAUUUGAACGAGAAUCCGCUGAGAGCGUUGUACUUGAUCGCGACGAACGGCAAGCCGGAGAUCAAGGAGAAGGACAAGCUGUCGAGCAUAUUCCAAGACUUCCUGGACCAGUGUUUAGAAGUCGAGGUGGAGAAACGGUCCGCGGCUUCCGAGUUAUUAAAGCACCCUUUUCUGAAAUUAGCCAGGCCACUGGCUUCGUUAACACCUUUGAUAAUGGCGGCGAAGGAAGCUGCCAAAGGUCAUUAAGAGGCAGUGGCGCUUAGAUGUAGAUUCGUAAAAACGUGACUCCAAGAGUAUGCGGCAAAAAAGAAGGAAAUAAUGAAUCACCCUCCCAAAACGGAAACGGCACAAUAAUUCAAUAAUAUAUAUAU